AUGCCUUUCCUGGGUCACGAGAAGGGUCAAACUCCGAGAUGUCGCAGGUCAGACGAUGAAUACGUCCUUUUUCUCCAAGGGAUUCCUGCACAUUGUCGCUGGCAAGAAUUGAAAGAUCUGGUGCGGCAGACGGCUUUGCAUAUCCGUCAGGCCGUAGUUUACGACGAUAGCCAAGGGGUUCCGACGGGUCUGGGACAGAUCAUUAUCAAAAAUGAGGACGAGGCAUGGCGAACGUAUCACCGAUUGUCCACGAAUGGGUGGGAAGGCUCUAGCUUGGUCGUGACUCUGGCUCGUACCAGCUCACCUACGAAACCUGUCGCUGGGCCUACGAGAAGUCCCCCAGUGAUCGAGAUGAAUUCAUACAUGUCGGGUCAUUCGACGCCGCCGCGAUUACAGGCCAACAUGACGGUACCCCCUUCACCAAUCUCGUCAACUUCGGAUCACUCUGGAAGUGGGCUCUCAUGGCCAUAUCCUGAGUUUAUUCCCAUGAAGGGGCCACUGACAAUCACCCAUCCACCUUGUGUACCAAUGGUAUCUGACCUGCAUCGAUGUCUUCCACCUUCCCCUCUGAUACCCGGCUCGAUGUUUGACGUUCAAGCUUGGAACAUGAUGCCCGCAAUGUAUCCUCUCUCUCCACCCAUCCAUUCUCUCCACGACACUGCCCGACGAGACACGCCAUACUAUGCCCACCACAACCACUAUCUCGCCCAGCCGGAAUGGGCUACUCCUCCCAGCUCGUCCAGCUCCCCAGUUCCUUAUUCCUCUCCUUCCCCUUCUCCCCGUGAGCUGCUGAUCCACAACCUGAGCUCAAAUACCACAGAGGGAGACCUGAUCCAACUCCUCCAAGAGGCAGGAACUGUCGAACACUGCAGUAUGGUCACCAGGCCCCGAGCUCAUCCUCAUUCUCCCUCCUCUGACCCUCAUGCAUCCGUGGUGAUGAAAUCUGCCGACGAGGCCAAGCGCGCAUCGCAACUGUUCCAUGGAACACUCUUCAAGGGGUCACAUAUCCUCGUUCAGCUUACAACGUUCACUGGAAACCUCAACACUAUUGCCCAAUCACCCAGAGGAAGCUGGGAUGAAUCUACAGCCCUCGACGAGUCCGAACAGAGCGAUCGAAGCUCCGAUUGCAGUGGACCUCGGGUGAGAAGCGUCUCUGCCAAAGAAACUGGACAGAUGCACUUUUCGAAACCUCUCGUUGUUGACGGGAGUGGGUUACCGAAAAAGAAAAGUUCCCUGAGAGAUGGAAUGGAUCAGCAUUCUCGAUGCCAUCAUUGA